UUGAGCCACACUACCGCGACAGUAAACGUCCACGUCAAGCCCAUACGUUUUUAUCAGCCUUUAAUGACGCACACGUAGCGUUUGAUGACACGAAAUUAAUCGCGGAGACUAUAUAGUUCUACAGAAGAGGGCUAUAUACUGUCCCAGGACAGGUGACUCGAAGGGUAGAAAGGAUUUUCUUGCCUCCGUCCUUUCCGCUCAGCCUUUGUUUUUUUUUUCCUCCAACCCCAGCUCGUUUGAGCAGGGCACCGGCAGCGCCCCCUGUGGGCUAAAUAGCAAAGAAGUCCAGGAUAGGGAGCCAGGCGAGCGGCCGAGCCUCUCGUCUCGCGCGCGACGUGGGUCCACCACGCUCAGAUGUCCGAUGCGCAGUGAGGAUGAGUCCCGCUCUGGAAGCCCUCAUGCAGGCGGAUGGGACUCCCUACUCGGGGAAGGGGGUGAUGCUUGAACCCUUCGUGCACCAGGUUGGGGGACACUCCUGCGUGCUGCGAUUCGGGGAGCAGACCAUCUGCAAGCCUCUCAUUCCCCGCGAGCAUCAGUUUUACAAGAGCCUCCCUGCCGAAAUGAGGAAAUUCACCCCUCAGUAUAAAGGUGUCGUGUCGGUCAGUUUCGAAGAGGACGAAGGAGGGAACCUGUGCCUCAUUGCUUACCCUCUUCAUAGCGAAUCGGGCGACCUAGAAAACAAGGACCCCUCGACCGACUGCGAGCCCAAGAGCAAGAUGUUAAAGUGGAGCAACAAAAAGCAAGCCCCUUUGCACUUAGAGAAUGACAACUACAGCAAAGAAAGAGCUCGGCAGAGCCGCAAAGACGACAAGAUCAUGAGCUACCGUGAUGACGUCCAGGCGCAGCAGCAGGCCGAGGUCCUGUACUUAAGCCUAGAGAAGGGCAACAUGGUGCCGCAGAUCAAACACAAUCCCUGGAGUCUCAAAUGUCACCAGCAGCACUUACAGAGGAUGAAGGACAAUGCAAAGCACCGCAACCAAUACAAGUUCAUCCUUUUGGAGAACCUAACAUGGCGUUACACAGUCCCGUGUGUCCUGGACUUGAAGAUGGGGACCCGCCAACAUGGCGAUGACGCAUCAGAAGAGAAGAAAGCCAAUCAGAUCCGCAAGUGUCAACAAAGCACAUCGGCCUCCAUCGGAGUGCGGCUCUGUGGCAUGCAGGUGUACCAGUCAGACUCUGGCCAGCUCAUGUUCAUGAAUAAGUACCACGGCCGAAAGCUGACCUUCGCAGGCUUCGAGGAGGCCCUCUACCAGUUUUUCCACGAUGGGCGUCGCCUGCGGCGCGAGCUGCUAUCCCCGGUGCUGCAACGCCUCCGCGAGAUGCAAGCCGCCCUGGAGUCCUGCGAGUCGUACCGAUUCUACUCUAGCUCCUUGCUCAUCAUCUAUGACGGGGACCCUCCCAGAACGCCCUCUCGACCUCGACACCGUGGCGGGGAAGAAGGGGAAGAGGAUGACUUGUCUGACGAGGAGGAGGAGGAGGAAGAAGGGGCUUUCGGGUUCCCUCGUUCGUCCUCGGCAGGCUGCAGCGCUGGCGGGGCCGCAGGGAGCGGCAACAGUAGCAGCGGUCGCUCCUCCCACAGCCCGGCGGACUCCAGCAGCCCCGCCGUGGACGUGCGCAUGAUCGACUUUGCGCACACGACUUGCCGCCACUACGGCGAGGACAGCGUCGUGCACGAAGGGCAGGAUAGCGGGUUCAUCUUUGGGCUACAGAACCUGAUCUCUAUCAUCUCCCAGCUGGAGGAUCACAGCACCGACUGAGGCUCGCAACGGGAGACCCGCAUGUUCUGAAUUUCAAACCUGGGGUAAUGAGCCCGACAAGCCGACACCCCGCUACUCCGAGGUCCACCGUCCUGGAGGUGCGACCCUCCCCGCCUGCUUGGAGGGAACCUCGGGGUCAAGAGGGUGAGCGCGCGGCGUGUCCUGCCGCUCGCCCUCACCCGCCAGAGGACGGCGCAGCCUGAGCCCUUAGUCGCACUUUUUCCCUCUUUGAGACUGCUCCUUUUCUUUUGCGCACAGUCGGAGGACCGAGAUUGCGGUCUGGCAACAGCCACAAAAGACUUGUAGCAUCCGAGGACACUCCCCAGGUUCCUUUUAUUGUGCAUUCUCUCCGAGAGAGCAAUGGUGAUCUAGAUGGUUGAAAUUCAAGUGUACUGUAGUUCAAUGAGUCUGACCUGGUGCUUUACCUGUGGCGUGAGUUCAUUUGGUGUUUUCGGGGGAGUGCAGUUACCACUGCCAGUCCCGAAGAGAAAAGCACAUUAAUAGUGGGGGCGGGACUUUAAGGGCUGACCUUGGCUGGCUAGGUCAGCAGCCUUGUAGCAAUCAGUAGUGAAAGCUCCUGAUAAGGACUUUUUGUGUUUAUGUUGGUGUUUGUAAGAAACGUGCUCUGUGUGUCCAAUCAGGCACUUUGAUGGACACUUAAUACAGGAUGGACGAGAUGGAGACAGAAGAAGGUGUUUGCCUUUUUCCACCAGUUGCCCUCUGUAUUUAAUUUCUUGCAAACAAAAGACAUUGUAAGAAAAAGUUUUUGUUUUUUUUUAAUUUUGUUACCAAUGUGGUUUUUUUCUUGGACUUUCUCCUAUUCAUUCCUUAAAUGUGGACUUCAAGAGCAUUUACUGAUUUGAAAUCACUAGCUACCAAGAGACUAUUUAUUUGAAGGGGUUCUUGAAAAUGGGGGGAAAAAAAAUCACAUUCCAAAUAACCACUCUUCUAUGUUCUAAUACUGAAUUUAUUUUGUUAUUGAGAGAGCCGAAAAAGCUCGCUUGUAUACCUGUGUGCUAGCGAUGUCUUGAAAAUAAAGACAUUCUUUUGUGGUAAGAA